UUGUCUUACAACUAUCUCUUAUGAUAACUCAUGUCAGCUGAUGCUUAAUCUUUAAUUUGAUUUCUACCUCCUGUGCCUUAUUUCCAAAUGAGCGGUUAGAUUGACAUGGAUCGAUUCAGGAACGGGCCAAUGAACGCAGUUCGAUAGAAGGCAGGUGUCGGGCCGCUGGGUUUGGCAAAACAAAACAUCGCCCAGCUUUCAUCUGUGGGCCCCAGCGCAUCCGGGUAUUGUUUCAUCAUUACAGAGGUUGGGUAAGCUUAUUCUCUCGGACAUAGAACGGGGAGUUUAUCAGUGAUAAGGGAACGGAUGCAGGUUUGCGGAAACGCGUGCCCGCUUAGUGUUGUGAGUGAUUUUGCGGACUGUGCCGAGUUUGAUGACUGAGUUAGCAUUGGGAGUAAGCAGCUGCAACCGCGAGUGACAACGGAGGCGUGAUUUCCCGAUAUUCAACAUGGCGGAGACCAUAACUCAAGUUUCGGGGAAUGGACCUGCCGGAAAAAUUGACGAAAAACUUAUGAAAUUGUUUACUAGAGACCCUGCAAAAGAUUUUCUUCUACAGAAAGAAAAUUCAGGAACACAGACAAUGCUUCACAUAAACGGAACGAAGGAAAUUAACGAGGAGAACAAAGAAAACAGAACGAAUGGAGAGCACAUGGUGCAAAACCAGAUGACUCCGACAUACACAUAUCCACAGACGGGGGUGCCCGGGGUGACGGGCAUUACAGGCGUGCCAACAGUCCCAGGAGUCCCAGGGGUGACCAGCCUCGAAGACUACCAUCAUCAAGUUGUCGCCAGUCAAGCCACAAGUGUGGCAUCCGAGCAGCCUCCAACCACCGUGUACGCAUCGCCUGCUGCCGUCACGCCCAAUGGAGCAAUAGAGCAGCAGACGGUAAGGGCAGCUCGGCCCUUUAAUCAAACAGACUUGCCCGUGGAAGGGGAUAUCCAGCCGUCAUCUCCGCAGCCACAGGGUUCGCAAGGACCCAACUCAGGACCCAAGAGAUUGCAUGUAUCAAAUAUUCCAUUCAGGUUCAGAGAAGCUGACUUGCGCCAACUCUUAGGGGUCGAACAACAGUUUGGCCCAAUCUUAGAUGUGGAAAUCAUUUUCAAUGAAAGGGGAUCAAAGGGAUUCGGUUUCGUAACUUUCGCAAAUAGCUCGGAUGCAGACCGAGCACGAGAGAAAUUGAACGGCACAGUGGUUGAGGGACGAAAGAUAGAGGUUAACAAUGCCACUGCCCGUGUCAUGACCAAAAAAGCUGCUGCACCAACCAUCCCCAAUGCUGCUGCGCUCCGAGGUGUCGCGUUGACGCGAGGUCGGGCUGCAGCUGCAGGACUAGCUGCACGUGGUGCUUACACUGCCGCUGCUGCAGCAGCUGCAGCAGCGUUCAGGCAUCCCACUCCACUAGCUGCCACAGCAACUGCGUUACCGUAUGCAGCUGGAGUGUACCAAGACCCUUUCCUUGCUACGUAUGAUGCUGCAACGGCCAGAUAUCAGUUGGUGACUACUCAGCCAUACGCGGCGGCUGCAGGGUAUCCAGGAGCUGCCACCAGAUAUGCAAUUCCAGCUGUCGCCACAGCCGCAACAUACCCUGCAGGUUACGGAAGAGAGUAUGCCGCUGACCCCUACCUCGGACAUGGUAUUGGCCCUGUCACCGGAUAUGGCCAGGUAACUGAGAUGGGUGUGCCCCUUAGUCUAACAUCCGAUAUCUUCGCACAGCGCGAGGCUACAGUCUACCGAGGAGGAUACCAAAGGUUUGCACCAUACUAACUCGGGACAUCUGCAAGAAGCAUGAAAAUGGCAGGGACUGAGGUUAGUCAUGGUACAUGUCAUGUGACAUGUCAAGUGACCAGAAGAGGCUGAAGAGGGGAUGGAGCUGUGACUUCCAAAUGCUGAAACUUGACAUCUUGUGCAAUGGCUGUUACAAUUCAGCUGGCAACCUUGCUUUGCUGUUUUCAAUGUUCCUGGUAGGCGACAACCUCGAACCUUGUUAUCUCCACACCAUGGAAGUAGAAAUGACCGAAAGUGGAGCCAGAACUGUGUAAAGAAUACUCAUACUGCAAGCUUUAUUUUUGAACAAACACAUCUAGUCAUUUGUACAUGUUAUGUAUCUACUUUUACCUCUUAAGUUGUUAUUUUAUUUGUACUAUGUUAGAGCUACUUGUGUUACUCAGCUGUCCCGAAGUCAGCUUCGGCUAUUCUGAACGUGCUAUGGCAGACGAAUACCAGUCAUUUGGUUUGCUGUUGUCUUGCUUGACGGAAGUAUGCAUACUCACCAUAAAUGUUGCAUCAGAGAGGGACAAUUUCAACAAAGACACCUUUAUUUUUUAGCCUGUCCUAUGCAGACCUAUAUAAUUUGGGUGCGAAGUCACCAGUCAUGCUUUAUCAACUUCUGUAGAUGUUGCUUUCUGUUGCAUUGUAGUUUUGGCUCUUUCAACAUGUUGUACAAAAAAUCCAAAAUCGAAAUCCGUUGUGAAAGUUUUGUAAAACUGUUGAAAAGUCCCUCCUUGUUUCCGACAAUCCUGCAUUGUUCUUCAUUAUCCUGUUCUCAGCUGUUCACUUCAUAUUAUCACUGAAUCCUAGUCUUCGCACAUUGUACAUAUUCAUCUUUGCCAAAAAUUUUGAUACACGUCUUACACUCACAGCCUGGUGCAUAGACCUAGCCGACAUCUUCUUGUUCUUCUGUUGCCUCAAGCAUUUUAAUGAGCAUUACUCUGUUUUUAAGUGUAAAUAAUCUUUAACAACUCAUUGUGGGGUGUAGAUUGGGACAAGGGGACUUCAAGUGCUGAUCUGUUGAUGAAUCUCAAGUAUUAUAGGACCAUGUAAUAUGGAGUGAACAAGUAUAUAGUCAUCUCAUACCUUCACUUCUCGGAUAGUCGUCAGUUGGGCCAGUACUGGCAUUGACAAACUUUGUGUCCAUAUGGGCUGCUUCAUAUAUAUAUCUGCGCAUAUAUUUGAACCCACUUAGCAGGUGCCCCCUAGCACCAACACACAGACAGCUGUGUUUUUGCAGUGCCAGAGUGUUCCAACCAGGUAACACAAUCGUGCAAUGUUGAAACCAAGUCACUGUAUAAAGAUAUGUUCCAGUAGUCAGUUACCAUUAUCCCGAAGCUGGGAUUGGCUUCAUGGUGAGUGAUAGUUUGUCGUCAAACUUCUUCGAUGCCAAAAUAGAUCAUCCUGCAUUACCACAGGAUAUCGACCUACAAGUAAUUGGAGCUUCUUACUGCCCAGAAUGAUUAUAACAGUGUGCCCAUCCUCUCCACCAUGCUCUUGACCCUGUUCUGCUUAUAGAAUAUAGUCUGUAGUGUUGUUUAGUGAAGCCAAUUUCAAAUCAUGAUUUCAAGAAAUUUCUUGAGCUGCCAUGGUUGGGCACAUGGUUAUUUUUGUGAUAUAUAUUAUGAACAAUAUAUGCACAAAACCGUUCAUACAAAUUGUAGUUAAUCAUUUAGAGAUGUAAGUCAAAAUUCUGUAUUGUAGCAUUUACACUCCAUUAUCUAGUCGAUACUUUCUACCCCAUGUAUGUGCUGUUUUGUGCAUUGUUAUUGUUGCAAGGGCCAUUACACAUUUUCAGUUGGAUCAUAUGUGAAAGUCAGAAAACAAGUUGUCCACGUCUUCAAAUCUUAUUUAUAUCCUUAUCUAAUCUUUUGUCUUGUGUCGUGUCUGUCUUUAUGUGACUUUCACAUUUGAGCUGGAAAUGUUGAAGGGCAAAGUUGCGAUGUGAUCCAAACAUUGCAGGGUUUGCCGACAAUGAAACCAUCAGUAGUUCAUUCUGUAAGUAAACAUCCAGGCUUUGUUACACUUACAACCCUUUGCCAGUACCAGAAUUACCAAAAAGUGAUAGUAUUCAUGUAGUAACAUCAUGUGAAACACCAAACUUCAAAGAUGCCAAUUGGCUAUCUGUA